UGAGCUUUUUGCAAAAGUCGAUAAUAAACCCCCACAACAAGCAAUAAAAUGUUUAAAAGUAAAAACGAAUGUAAUAUUGUGUAUAAAUGCACCGUACGCUUACUCGACGACUCAGAUGUGCUGGAGUGUGAAUUUCAGCCCUUCCAUAAAGGUGUUUUUUUGGUCGAACAUAUAUGUGCACAAUUAGAUAUUAAGGAGAAGGACUAUUUUGGUUUACGCUAUGUGGAUAACGGUAAACAACGGCAUUGGCUGGACCUGGCCAAGUCUAUAUUAAAACAAUGUAAAGACAUAGAUCCUGUGCUGUUUUCGCUGCGUGUUAAGUUUUAUCCGGCGGAUCCUUUUCGACUUACUGGAAAUGGUCGCAUCCUGCUCUUCCAGCAGCUUAAACGAGAUUUACGUCAUGGCCGUCUUUAUUGUUCCUUGGGGGAGGCUGCUGCCCUUGGAGCGCUUAUAGUGCAGGAGGAACUCGGGGAUUAUGAUGAGCUUAUACACGUAGGAGAUUAUGUGUCCUCUUUGGAUCUCGCACUACGCCAAACAGAGAAUCUAGAAAAGAAGAUUAUUGAGCUGCAUAAAAAGCGUAAGCCUGGCCAGGACCCCACUGUGGCUAUGGAUGAGUUUAUGGGCAUUGCACGUGGCCUGGAAACCUACGGCAUUGAUCCACAUCCUGUCAAGGAUCAUCGCGGCUCGCUGCUUUAUGUGGGCAUCAAUCAUGGGGGCAUAAGCACUUUUGUGGCAGGCAAACGCUCGCAACAUUUUCGCUGGAACGAGGUCCAUAAGAUUAACUUUGAGGGUAAAAUGUUUAUAGCGCAUUUAACCUUUACGGAUGCAAGUCGGGAGCCGAAAAAGCACACCAUAGGCUUUAAGUGUCCUUCAGGACCAGCCUGUCGCUAUCUGUGGCGAUCUGCCAUUGAACAAAUGUUAUUUUUUACCUUGCCCAAUAGCCAACAUGCUGCUGUUGUCUCCGGCGGCGGCUUCUUCUCCUGGGGCACAAAAUUCCGUUACACUGGUCGCACAGAACGUGAGAUCCUGACUGAAAGUAUCAAUGCCUUGCGUGAGCAGAAAAUGACAAAUUCCACUUCAAGUAAACGCAAGGCAAGCAGCGUGCCCGCCACGCCCUCAAGUCCUCAAGGAGAUCUCGCACAAAUACGCUACAGCAGCUUGCCACGUUCGACCAUGUCAGAGCCAAUGGGCUGCUCCAUGGCACCAAGUAUACAUAUUUAUGGCCAAGAUGUAACUGUUAAUGGCGGCCUGGAGCCUGUAUGCGAGGAGGCAGCACGUUUGCGCUCCUCAAACAUCGAUAGGCUCAAUCAUAUGGGCGCCGAGUCAGCGGGAUAUGGCUGGCGUGACUCCCAAGAGCAUUCUUCCACGGAGAGCGGACUGACAGGCAACGCUUAUGAUGUCGCUGGCAAACCGCGCGGCAAUCACAAUCACGACUCCAAGACGCAUCUUUACUCAGGCAAACAGUACUAUGCGCUGCCAAAUCCCGCCUUUAAUUCCAGCUCUUCCAUUGGCGGCAUUAACAGUGGGAAGCAUUUAGGCAAAUUCUCACGCACGCAUCAUAACUCCAAUAGUGGCAAAAGUUUGAGGAAAUUCCACUUGUUACACGCUUUUAUACCGUCGGUUAUAUUUGUAAUCAUUGCCAUGGCAGGUACUGCAGUCCUUAUAAUGGAAUCCGAACUGGAUGUGUUUGAACGCGUACGCAAUUCUCCAGAAAUGUUAAGCUUGCGCUAUCAGUAUUAUCAGCCAUUAAAGGAAUUCGUUUUAGAGAAAUUAGGACGCAAGAUGUAAACGAAUAGAGCAUCUUAUAUUUUUUAUAUUCAAUCACAGUUGUCUGAUGGACAAUUGUUAGUGCUUGACAAAACGAACUGCACCAGCAAUUUACUAAUAAUUUUGUUAAUUUUUUCUAAUGGUAUUUUUAAAAAACACUAAGACAACACAAUUUUACUUCGAAAUCAACACAACAGAUUACGUUUUUUAUAACGCUUUUAUAACAGUGCAAUACAUAUCAUAUAGCUGC